CUUGGUUGCCUUCCUCUCCCAGCCGGCCGCGCGCACCGGCGUUGCGGCUCCUCUCAGCUAGGGUUCGCCUCUCCGCCGCCGCCCUCGUCUUCGCUUGCAGCCGCGACCGGAUCGAGCCUGCAAGGUCGCUCCAAGUCGAGUGUUUCGACAAGAUACGUUUAGUGGAAGCCGGUAGGGCGGCGCCAUGAGGUUGGAGAAGUGCUGGUUCUGCUCCUCCACCAUCUACCCCGGCCAUGGCAUCCAGUUCGUCCGCAACGACGCCAAGAUCUUUCGCUUUUGCCGAUCAAAGUGUCAUAAAAAUUUCAAGAUGAAGAGGAAUCCUCGUAAGGUUAAGUGGACAAAAGCAUACAGGUCCUUGCAUGGCAAGGACAUGACCAAGGAUUCGACCUUUGAGUUUGAGAGGAAGAGGAACAGGCCUGAGCGCUAUGAUCGGAACAUGACCGAGCAAACUCUAAAGGCCAUCCCUCUUAUUACAAAGAUUAGGCAUGAACGUCUGAAGAAGCACAUUACAGACAGACACAAACCUGGUAAAAAGAAGGAGCUGGAGAGAGAUAACAAGGAGCUGGAGCAGGACAUCAACAUGCUUCCAAAGAAGCUUAUCAGUAACGAGGCAGCUGAGAAAACGAAGGUCAAGGUCAAGGUCAAAGUUGUUCAGCAGCAGACGGAAGAUCGGAUGGAAGAGUAGCCGAAUGGUAGUGUUGCUUGUGUUCAUGUCGUAUGCAGACCUUUUCUUCUGAGUUUCUUGAGAUUGUCCUGGUGCUAUGUAGUCCAUGGAAGAUGUUAACAUUUGUGGACCGAGUAUAAGAAAGUUUUGCAUGUGGUGGCAGACCUAUACUGGAGUGGAGUCAAAAGGAUGUAUGAGAUGAAUUCACUUUAUGAUGCUUGGCCGGGCGAUUUUAACUUUUCUA